AUGACAUGUAUUGUGCUAUCCGUUUUUUUACGUCGAACAAGACUACCGGAGGAUAUCAAGUCCCACAUCACUACAAUGGAUUCCUCGAAUUCUGACCAUCCCGACAGUGCUACAAAUGGGGCUGUUUUCACCUCCCACGAAACUGCAUGCAGUCCAAAACACGAGUCACCUCUGGAUACCUUGAAUGCCGAAACUCAACGUCUCUUGACCCAGAUGUUCCAGGACACACAUCACGUGACUCCUACCCAUUUGUUACGCGAUUCAGUCUACCGUUUCAGCAAACCAGCGCGCCUGACCGAACCGACUGAAGUUGUUGCCCACAGGGCUCCAGAUGUGGUCCACAGCCCGAGUGAUUUCCCACCGGCCUUGGUUGUCGUUCCAUCGAUGUCAAGUGAGAACCAUGUUCAUUAUCCACAGUGCUCUACGGAAACGAUAAUCUCGAACUCUACUGCAUUGGACGUCCAACUGGAUGGAAAUUUGAUAGAUAUUUGUAAGUGGCACCACUCGCCUUUCUAUUUGCAUUCUCUCCCUUGCAAAUUACUGGUAUCCUUUGGCAUGCAUUUUACAUGA